AUGGAAGAUCUCCAAGAGCCCGCGUUCGCUGAGAUUGACACAGACAGCUUUGAGGUCUUAUCCUCACACCCAUUUUGCCGCGGCCUGCGCAAAGAGGUCGUCUUAAGCAUAUCUCGAGCAUCCAAGCGCUGGGUGUUUACGACCGCAAGUCGCAUCAUCUUAAGUGAAGGUGCGCUAACAGCAGACCUUUCCAAUCUGUGGAUUCUGACUCGUGGGGCUGUGGAAGUAAUAGAAAGCGGACAAACCCUGUGCACUUUGGAAAAUGGCAGCGUGUUCGGCGACUCCGUCGCGUUCAACCGAUGUGACCGACAGCCUUUCACCAUCCGAGUGCUACAGGUUCCCGUUGUCGCAUGGUGCCUACCCUCUGCAGAUCUACGGCAGACGAUGAGGCUCCAUGCCUCUGCGGGCCCGUUGAUGGAUGAGUUCGUAGACCAGCAGGAAAGGCGGAUUCUUUGGCCACGUGCUUCAAAACUGUUAAUGCUCUCGCACUGUGGACAGAAUUUUCCCAAACAGCUGUUGAAGAAAGUCUCCAUACGGCACGCCAGAGCCCACAGCCUAAUAUGGUCUCCAUCAGUUUCUCGACAGUAUCUGAAAUCAGUGCUGACAGGAACUGUUCUCGUGGAGAGGGUGAGCAAGGACGCAUUUAGGGUGCACGAUGAAAUGCCUUCUAGUCCCAUACUUCGGUCGGAUACCGAAGUGUCAAAGAUAUUUGAGCGGAGAAAAACUACGCACGUGACCAUAGGCAGCACCGAGUUUUCAGAUGAUAUUGUGGAAGAGUCCCGGUCAUACAAGCGCCUAAGCGGUCCUGACAUGCCAAUGUCUCCUACCACAUUGCAACAGCUGAAGUCCUUUGCCGCAACCAGCUCUAUGUCCGGGUACGACUAUCCGUCAUUGGAGGACGUUGAGGACAGCAGCAGCAGUAGCAGUGCUGUCUCUGAUGAAGAAGAGGAUUCUGAUUUAUCCAGCACAAGUUCCAGCGAGUCCAGCGUCGAGUCGCAAGGGGAGGAGAUGUACGAUUUGCCCGACACUCUUGCAAACCUUGAGCCAGCAUCAGGUACUGUCACGGCUAAAGCUGGGCCACAUUGUCUGGUCUUCAAUGAAGCGGGUGUCCUUGGUUAUAAGGAAGCCGACAGUGCACUCUACAGACAAGUCGUGGCCUUGACAGACUGCAUCGUUCUGUCUCUGAAUGUGGAUGGCUUCAGGGAAGCUGUGGAGAGAGCACCGCGUGAGAAGAAGCGCUUUGACUUGCUGGCUAAUGCAGAAUAUCGCGAAUGGGAGCGGUGUGGCAUCCACAAGCUUCGUAGCUUAGAGAUUUUCGCCAAAUGCUCGAAGCAAUUUUUGUCAGACCUAGCUCAAACAGUCGAGUCUACUCUCUGCUUUCAUGGGACUGACAUCAUCACGGCAGAUGAGCAAAGCACUGGAAGCACCGGAUUGGCAUUAUUCAUGCACGGCCACGGCCAGACCGAGAAGCGACAUAAGGUUCAGUCGCCAGAGGUCUUGAGCAGUGUCAACUGGCUGGGAGAUCGGGCUGCAGCAGAGCCACCGCGGCGGGUGAAGGCCAAGGAGGUUUGCCAAGUGCUCCGCAUCUCUCAGCCAAAACUGCUUAGCCUUCUCAGUCGCCAUCCGCAUGAAACAGCCGUUAUGGUGGCAGAAGCAAACCGUAUCAACUCGCGCAAGCAUGGGGGCCGUCCAGCGGCUUUCCAGCGGCCUUUGAGAGGAGACGGUGGGAAUGGAACCAGCGGGCUGUUUUGGUAUUGCCCCUUCUGCGAUGGCUUAGGGGAAAACUUCCUGCAAGAGCUCAUCACGCACAUGGAGUGCUUCAAAUUGAUCCCUGGCCAGCACCUGUUUCGAAACCUGGAGGGCCCGAACGCCGACUUCCUUGUUGUGCUGACGAGGGGUAGGCUGCGCACACUGACGCAGACCUUGGAUGCCCCCUUGGUGAUCUGUGGCUUUGACAGAUCGGGCUAUGUCGAAACAGUGGCAGAGGACCUGAGCGAAGUCUACUGCGUGAACUUUGAGCAGAGCAAGUCCUUGCUGGCCGCUGGUUCCGAAGACACGCGGGCAUUCUUGAUGCGUGUUGUUCUAUUUCAGGAGCGCUUGGAAAAGAAGCAGGGCUUGGGAUGGUGGAGCUCCCUGAACGUUCUGAGACGACAUGAGCCGUUUGCCGCAUGCGCCGAUUCCUUUGUCGAGGCCUGCGCGCCUUUCAUGCAGGUGCGAUUCUGCCUGCCCGGCGAGGCAAUUGUAGAGGAAGGCAAUCAAGUGGACCACGCUUGCAUCAUCGAGACGGGAACGGCAAAAGUACAUCGGCAGACCAGGCCAGCACUGAGAGGCUGCCCGGACAGGACAGGUGAGGUUCGGGACAGCUACCUGGUAGGAGGCAUCAGUGGAGCUUACGGCUUUGCAGGGAUGCAGCGCCGCUUGGCAACCAUCAAAGCUUUGACUUUGUGCAAGCUCAUCGAGAUUCCAAUAAAUGCUAUCUUGACCCUCUUGGACCAGCAUCCGGAUGCCCGGCAGCGCUUUCGUGAAAUUGCUGAACGGCGCUUCAAGGAAUUGGCUCCGGAGCCGCUGGAGGAGCAUCCCUUCUUCAAGGGGUUCUCCAAGUCCUUCCUGAAUACGCUGCGGACGAAAUGCAAUGCUCAAGUAUUCUUUGUGGGGGAGACCAUCAUUCGCCAGGGGGACCCUGCAGACAGCAUGAUCAUCAUAAGUUCUGCAUCUGUUGUAACUCUAUAUGUUGAUGGCCGCAAACUUAAGGAUCUCUCCGGGGGGUGCACUUUGGGAGUGCCAUCUAUCUUGUCAGCAACGCCUGUGAAACGGUUUGCCACAAUUGAAGCGCAGACUGCCUGCACAGUGCAGAAGCUCACACGGAAGGAUUGGCUCGAUGUGCUCAAGAAUCAUGCGGAGCACAGGCUCUGGAUACAAAGCUUCACAGAAGAGCAACUUGCCCUUGCAAGUAAACAAGCAUCAGAAACCACCAGACGAUACCGGUGGCGAAAAAUCAAGGAGAGGGAGACGGUGGCUGUCCAGGUGCACUGCAUGCGAGCUCGCGGUGGGCAGGAGCACGUCAAGAGCCCUAAACCAGAAGCUCCUGCAAUUUCCACUGCAAGUCCGCCGAGCUUUGAGCUCUGGGAUUGCUUUAAUGGGCGCAAGGCAAUAGUGCCGCAAGUGAGGCUACCGGAGCUGUCAGCAAGACAUCCCUGCAAGUCCAUGGUCGAGGAGAACAGCGAGAACGAGUCGGAUGUAGUCGAAGAGGUCGUUCGCUCAGGAACGAGCAGGCGUGGCAGCGAUUUCGGCGGCAUGAUGCGCAAGAUGGCCGCCAGAGCAUCUCAAUCAUCACGUCUCAGCGUGCUCGGCGACCUUCCGCAGAUUCCGCAAAUGGCAGACAAGCAAUUAUCUCAUGAGAGUUGGUUGGACUGUCAAGAUGCGUUCGGCCUUCUGUAUACCCCGUUGACCGAAUAG